CAUCACCCUACCUCACAGUCACAAAGCAGUUUUUAAUCAGUCAAUCAAACUGUAACUAUGCACUCAGUUUUAUAGCUCAGUUGACUACUACUAUUACUAUACUACUACAACGUCAUAUACACAUAUCUCCAACAUGAGUGGUCGUGGAAAAGCAGGAAAAGCGAAAGGGGGCAAGUCCAAGACCAGGUCGUCUCGUGCCGGGCUCCAGUUCCCGGUCGGUCGUAUCCAUCGUCUAUUGAGAAAAGGAAACUACGCCGAGCGUGUCGGAGCCGGAGCACCGGUAUACCUGGCUGCCGUCAUGGAAUACUUGGCCGCCGAAGUUUUGGAGUUGGCUGGUAACGCCGCCCGUGACAACAAAAAGUCCCGUAUCAUCCCUAGACAUUUGCAAUUGGCUAUCAGAAAUGACGAGGAGCUGAACAAGUUAUUGUCCGGAGUAACUAUUGCCCAAGGUGGUGUGUUGCCCAACAUCCAAGCCGUUCUCUUGCCUAAAAAGACCGAAAAGAAAGCUUAAGCCUAUUUUUUAAUACCUAUGUGCGUGCAUUAUUAUUUUUCUAAUUUAAAACGGUCCUUCUUAGGACCACCAAAUAUUAUUACAAUCUACAGAA